AUGGCGGUCGGGGACGCGCUGCGACGGCUGUGCGAGGAGAUUGGGUGGUCCUACGCCGUCUUCUGGAAGGCCAUCGGAGCCGCCGACCCUGUGCAUUUGGUGCGGGAGGACGGCUACUGUGGCCACACGUCAUGCCCUGUCGGAUCUGAGCCUUCUGAAUCUCUGCCCAGCGACGCCGCCGGGUGCUCUGUUCCUGCUGCUGACACCAUCUGCUCGCUUGUUAACAACGUUAUGGCGUCACAGGUUCAUGUCGUCGGACAAGGGAUCGUAGGCCGUGCCGCGUUCAGUGGCAAUCACCAAUGGAUCGUCCACGGUACUGCCAAUGGUCACGGGCUCUCCUCCGAGGUUGCUGCUGAGAUGAACAAUCAGUUCAGAGUUGGCAUCCAGACUAUUGCGAUCAUUCCUGUGCUGCCACGGGGUGUCCUACAAUUAGGCUCUACUGGUUUGGUUAUGGAAAACACAAAUUUUGUGAUGUUUGCAAAGAAGUUGUGUUCUCAUCUAAACAACCGUUCAAGCAUGGCUGUAUCUGCUUCAGCUAAGAACAGUUCAAGUCAGCAUGGUCAGUCACGUCCUGAUACUGCAACUGUGUCAACUGGCACACCGCCACAUGCAUUGCUGAAUGCAUCUUUGCUUAAGGUUGUGCAACAGAAUGGUCACCCUGUUAGAGAGCACACUGUCUAUGCUGAGCCUGAUCUUCGGUUUAUACAACAAGCAUCCUUCUGCGAGACCCAAUUUGGAAGAAAUUUACGGAGUGUUGGUAUGAACUCAAGUUUGACCUCCCCAAGCUUGACAUCAGUUAAAAAUCAGUCACUCUUGAUGAACAACAUUGGGCAGUUACAGUUGAAUAAUAAUGCACAUUCAACAGCAGAUUUGGCAAUGGCAAGAGAUAUCAUAUUAAAAUCCCUUGUGUGUCAUGACUCUUCUGUCUGUGAAAAUACAAACAUCAAUAUGCAUCAUGGAAGAUAUGUGGUAUCCAAUGAUAUAAAUGGUCCUGGGAAUUUUGAUUUUCUCCCUGUAGGUGCUAGAGCAAGCAGAGCCAACUUAUCUACCAGUGUAUCGAGUCAAAUAUUGGAUCACGCAUCAGGAACAUUGCAGCAGAAACAGUCUCUAGUUCCGUUCAAGGUUCCCCAAUCUUCUGAAUUGGCUAAGAAAAUGGAGAAUCCUGAAAGUAGGCCAUUUCAAACUCCUUCAGUUCGAACUUCUGAAUCUGAUGGUCAGGUUUCUAACAGUUUCAACAUGGACCAAGAAAAUCUAUUGAGUAGGUCAAACAAUGUCCGACAAGACCAAAAGAUUAAUAGAUUUAGUGAUCCAAGUGCUAAUGUCAGCACGCAGAGAAUGAAGAACAGGGAUGGAUGUGAGGCAGGAAUGCCCAUUGAGAGAGCUUCCUCGUUGCUCGUGGAGCCUGCUGCAGAUAAUGACUUGUUUAAUAUGUUUGGUUCUGAAUUUCAUCAGUUCUCCCACAAUGUUGGUGCUGAUUUGGUCACCUGGAGUGGUACAGAGUCUCAGAAUUCAGAUAGAGAUGUCCCUGAGUCAUCAAUAUAUCUCAAUAGUUCACCCCUUUUCAGUUCACUAGACAAUGAGCUUCACUAUUCUGGUAUCUUAUCACUAACUGAUACUGAUCAGCUAUUGGAUGCUGUCAUCUCAAAUGUCAAUCCAACUGGAAAACAGUGUACUGAUGAUAGUGCUUCUUGCAAGACUGCAUUGACGGAUGUUCCUAGCACAUCUCAUCUUGGUUCAGUAGACUUGAAGAGAUGUGAGUCCUCCGGCAUGCCUUCCAUGCUAAUUAAGCACGAAUUGGCACAGUUUGUUAAACAGCCAUGUCUCUUUGAUAAAUCUGAGGAGGGUUGUCUUUCCCAAAAUAAUGGAAUGCACAAAUCUCAGAUACGUCUUUGGAUUGAGAGCGGUCAGAACAUGAAAUGUGAAAGUGCUUCGGCUUCUAAUAGCAAAGGUCUUGAUACUCCAAGCAAGGCAAAUCGCAAGAGAUCUCGACAAGAAGAAAGUCCUAAGCCACGACCUAAGGACCGGCAACUUAUACAGGACCGUAUUAAAGAGCUACGUGAGCUUGUACCGAAUGGGGCAAAGUGUAGCAUUGAUGGUUUGUUGGAGAAGACAGUUAAGCACAUGCUUUUCUUACAAAGUGUGACGAAGAAUGCAGACAAGCUCAAGGACUCUACUGAGUCUAAGAUACUUGGUAGUGAAAAUGGCCCCCUUUGGAAAGACUACUUUGAAGGUGGGGCAACCUGGGCUUUCGAUGUCGGCUCUCAGUCUAUGACAUGUCCAAUCAUUGUUGAGGAUCUUGACCGACCUCGUCAGAUGCUUGUGGAGAUGCUUUGCGAGGACAGAGGAAUCUUCUUGGAGAUUGCUGAUUUCAUCAAAGGACUUGGAUUGACUAUCUUGAGGGGUGUGAUGGAAAUGCGCAAAAGUAAAAUCUGGGCAAGAUUUACUGUUGAGGCGAACCGGGACGUAACCAGAAUGGAAAUCUUUCUAUCGCUUGUGCGCUUACUGGAGCCAAAUUGUGAUGGCAGUGGAGUGGCAGAGAACGCUAACAACAUGAACAUGCCUCUUGGUUUGGUGCGCCAACCUGUCAUCCCAGCAACAGGCCGCAUCUAA